AUCCGGUCUGGUGGCCGAUCUGCCAGGAGUUUGAGGGACGCGGCCCAGCUCACUACGGUGCAGUCAUGUCGGCGUCGGUGGUGUCGGUCGUUUCGCGCUUCCUGGAAGAGUACUUGAGCUCCACUCCUCAGCGCCUGAAGCUGUUGGACGCGUACCUCCUGUACAUACUGCUGACCGGGGCGCUGCAGUUCGGUUACUGCCUCCUCGUGGGGACCUUCCCCUUCAACUCCUUCCUCUCAGGCUUCAUCUCUUGUGUGGGGAGCUUCAUCCUCGCGGUUUGCCUGCGGAUACAGAUUAACCCACAGAACAAAGCUGACUUCCAAGGCAUCUCCCCAGAGCGCGCCUUUGCUGAUUUUCUUUUUGCCAGCACCAUCCUGCACCUUGUUGUCAUGAACUUCGUUGGCUGAAUCAUCCGUCUACUCAGUGGGGGAACAGGAGACUGGAAGAAUGUUCACUUUUGAAUUUCCCCUGGAUAAGAGCUCCUGAGAUAGCAGCAUUUUGAACACAAGAAUUCCUUCAGGUUCAUAUUUCCGACCGAAUUUGAGUUGGUAUGCAGGUGGAGAGCCCAGAGAAGUGCCCUCACCUCUGUGUCACAGUAACUUUGUAAUGAGCUUUUUUUUUUGUACCAUGACCUUGCCUUCCAUUAUGUGUAAUCUUUUUGCUUUCCAAAUUAAAAACUGUGCAUGCCA